GAGAAAGAAUAGGUCCAUUGGUAUAUUCAAGGGGUUUGAGAGAAAUAAGAAGAUGCAAGUUUUUAUUAUUUGUUUGUACAUGUGUUUUUUUAGGGGGUGUGGGGCUAGUAACCAAAUGUAGCCCUAAACAAGAGGGUGAGAACAUAGAGAAAGGGAAGGGUUAAUUUAAGGAGAAAGAGGGAGAGAGAGGGGUGUGGGCACAGACAGAGAGAUUUAUUUCCACAGCUGGCAGUAAAGCUUCUGUCCCGCACUCACUUAGUGCUGUGGUUUUCAAGGGGGCAAGAGAGGGACUAUAAAGAGAGAAACAAAACGAGAAAGUGGAGGAAUAAAGAGAUAAAAUGGAUACCUUGGCUUUAGAGGCCACACAGCCCAAAAAGGCUCCGAACGGAGCAUUGGCAGGAGUGCCCGGAUCACACACCCCUGCCAAACGCAAACCUGCUAAAAAAACUAAGAAAGCUGUGGUCUUUUUUGAGGUGGAGAUUCUGGACGCCAAGACGAAGGACAAGCUCUGCUUCCUGGACAAGGUUGAGCCCAAUGCCACUAUCGGGGAAAUCAAAUCCAUGUUCCACAAGAACCAUCCACAGUGGUAUCCGGCCAGACAGUCCAUUCGCUUGGAUGCCAAGGGGAAGUCAUUGAAGGAUGAAGACGUGCUGCAGCACCUGCCUGUGGGAACAACAGCAACCUUCUACUUCAGAGACCUGGGAGCCCAGAUCAGCUGGGUCACGGUGUUUUUGACCGAGUAUGCCGGACCUCUGCUGAUUUAUCUGAUGUUUUACUUCCGAGUUCCUUUUAUUUAUGCUUCUAAAUAUGACUUCACUACCAGCAAACACUGGGUCGUACAUUUGGCAUGUAUGUGUCACUCCUUCCACUACGUUAAGAGACUUCUAGAAACACUGUUCGUCCAUCGCUUCUCCCAUGGGACAAUGCCGCUGCGCAACAUCUUCAAGAAUUGCACAUACUACUGGGGAUUUGCUGCUUGGAUGGCGUAUUACAUCAACAACCCGCUCUACACACCGCCAAUCUAUGGAGAACAGCAGAUCAGACUCGCCCUUAUUGUAUUCCUGUUCUGUCAGAUUGGAAACUUCUCCAUCCAUAUUGCCCUGAGAAAUCUCCGACCACCAGGAUCUAAAACCAGGAAGAUCCCGUACCCGACUAAAAACCCCUUUACCUGGAUCUUUCUGCUCGUCUCAUGCCCCAACUACACUUAUGAGUUGGGCUCAUGGCUGGGCUUCACUCUGAUGACCCAGUGUCUGCCCGUGGCCGCCUUCACCCUGGUGGGCUUCAUCCAGAUGACCGUCUGGGCGAAAGGAAAGCACCACAGCUACCUGAAGGAGUUCCGCGACUAUCCCAAACUCCGCUCGCCAAUUCUGCCCUUUAUCCUGUAGGACAGUCAUGCCGUGUUCCUCGUCUUUUAACCCUAUAAAUCAUCCCUCUUUUAUACUGUAUCUCCCUCUUUUUCAAACAUCUUUCCUAAAGUCUCCAAGCACUGAAUAACGUCAUAUCUGCCUGAUCUCCUGGAACGGACUGAUAAUGAAUCGCUCUUUUGAAAGCCCAUAUUGGUUGGAUGUUUAGAUUUGUCCAUGUAGUCUACAGGGUUUGGGUUUGGGGUUAAACAUGUAUUUAGUGUCCCGUUGGAGCUUAUUUGCACUCGGCUACUGAGAAUCAUUCUGUAUUCUGAGUCUAGUACAAUGCAUUGAUUACUUUGCUGCCUGUAAGUAAAUGUUUUGCUCAUUGGGAAACCGCUCAGUAACCAAUCAAACGCUGAGUUAACAAGAGGACCUGCAGUAACCGGUCAAAGACCACUGAUAGUAUUCAGCACUGUAGAAACAAGUUUCUUCUAAUGUACUGUACAUGUGAAGCUAAACAUCACUUAUCACACACUCUUGCUGAUAUUGUGUUGAUCUAACAGAAUAAUUUAUAUAAAACAAGUAAUAAAAAUCAGUGUCUUGUGCUUUGUCCAAAUGUUAUUUACAGGGGAUAGUUUACAUCCAGAAUAUUGGUGUUUCUUCAACUUCCGGCACUUUUUGCACUGUGGAUUUCUAGAAAUUAUAGUCUCAUUAAAAAAUGUUCCACAAUCUCACUAUUUGUUUUGUA